ACGCUUAAUACGUUAAUAGCGAGUAUUAUAAAAAUUAGUUUUGGCCUAAGUAAGGAAAUCGUUACCCUAGGUAUAAUAAAAAUAAAAACGUACUUCGGAACGAUAGCUUUUUAUAUUUUACCUAUUAAUACCCUAUUUCUCUUAUAUCUAAAAGAUAUAGAUCGACUAGGUAUUAUAUUCGAUAAUAUAAAGAAUAGAAUCUCUAGCGGUAAGUACUUCGAGAUAGUUAAACGACGAUAG